CGCUCGCUCUCAUACCCAGCUGACAACGAAGAGGUUUAGAGAGAGAGAGCUGAGAGAAUGGCCGACAGCAGGAGAAGUGUAGUGUACGAUGCUGAAGGCGGCGACGAUCAUGAGAGGCAAGGGACGGCGUGGACGGCGACGUCGCACAUCGUGGCGGCGGUGGUGGGCUCCGGCGUGCUGGCGCUGGCGUGGACGGUGGCGCAGCUGGGGUGGGUGGUGGGUCCCCUCGUGCUGGUGGGCUUCUCUUGCGUGACCUACUACACGUCGGCGCUGCUCGCAGACUGCUACCGCUACCCGGACCCCGUCCACGGCGCCGUCAACCGCGAGUACAUCGACGCCGUCCGAUGCUACCUGGACCGGAAGAACGUGGUGCUGUGCGGGUGCGCCCAGUACGUGAACCUGUGGGGCACUCUCGUCGGCUACACCAUCACCGCCAGCGCAAGCAUGAUCGCGAUUAAGCGCGUCAACUGCUUCCACCGGGACGGCUACGGCGCCGCCGGCUGCAACCCGUCGGGGAGCACGUACAUGGUGGUGUUCGGGCUCUUCCAGCUCCUGCUGUCGCAGCUGCCCAGCCUCCACAACAUCGCCUGGCUGUCCGUGGUGGCCGUGGCCACCUCCCUGGGCUACUCCUUCAUCAGCCUGGGCCUGUGCUCCGCCAAGUGGGCCUCGCACGGCGGCCACGUGCGCGGCACGCUGGCGGGCGCCGCCGCCGUGGCCGGCCGGGCCGACGACGACAAGCAGGCGGCCUUCAACGUGCUCCUCGCGCUCGGCAACAUCGCCUUCUCCUACACCUUCGCCGACGUGCUCAUCGAGAUCCAGGACACGCUGCGCUCGCCGCCCGCCGAAAACCGCACCAUGAAGCGGGCCUCCGCCUACGGCCUCGCCAUCACCACCGUCUUCUACCUCGCGCUCGGCUGCACCGGCUACGCCGCCUUCGGCGACCACGCGCCGGGGAACAUCCUCACGGGCUUCGCCUUCUACGAGCCCUUCUGGCUCGUCGACGCCGCCAACGUCUGCGUCGUCCUGCACCUCGUCGGCGCCUACCAGGUCUUCGCGCAGCCCAUCUUCGCGAGGCUCGAGUCCUGCGUCGCCUGCCGCUGGCCCGACGCCAAGCUCAUCAACGCCACCUACUACGUGCGCGUGCCGCCAUGCCUCCUCCUCCUCCGCACGUCGUCGUCCUCGUCGCCGCCGCCCACCCUCGCCGUCGCGCCGCUCAAGCUCGUCCUGCGCACCAUCGUCAUCAUGUUCACAACGCUCGUCGCCAUGCUGGUGCCCUUCUUCAACGCCGUGCUGGGCCUCAUCGGCGCGCUCGGCUUCUGGCCGCUCUCCGUCUACUUCCCCGUCAGCAUGCACAUGGCAAGGCUCAACAUCCGACGCGGAGAGAUCCGCUGGUGGAUGCUGCAGGCCAUGAGCUUCGUCUGCCUCCUCAUCUCCGUCGCAGCCAGCAUCGGAUCCGUGCACGACAUCGUGCACAACCUCAAGGCCGCCGCGCCAUUCAACACUGCAAACUGAUUAAUAAACAUGCAUUUACUAGUAUAUAUACGGAUCGGAUCGGAGGAGUGAUGGGUUAAUUAGUUUCUUAAUUAGCUUUGGCUACUAUAUCUAUCAGUAUCAGAGUCAGAGGAGCAGAGGGCCGGCCACAUGCAUGGCCUUUUUGUGUUUCUUGAUUAUAUAUCUGGCAAAUUUGAUCUGUCGAGCAGAUUUUCAUGCAUGCAUGCAUGCUGCUAAUUCGGACGUACGUUGAACUAGUAAUAAUAUUAUUAUUUGUAAUGUAACCCCAGCAAUGCAAUGCAAUGCAAGAAGCAACAAUAAUAUUUGCCAAA